AUGGGUGUUGAUCAAAUCGCUGUUCUUCCCGACCGACAACGAGCGAUAAAGGUCGUUGGGGCAGGGACACUUCGUUUGGAGGAAAACGCAGCUCUUCCACAGGUCGAAGAUGAGGACAUUCUUGUAAGAGUGCACUGCGUGGCGCUGAACCCGUUUGACUGGAAGUCAUUAGAUCUAUCUCCAGCUGCAGGAUCGACCUUUGGAUGUGACGUCGCCGGCGAGGUUGUAGCGAUUGGUAACAAGUGCAGCCAGAACGUUGACGUCGGCGAUCGAGUUUUUGGCCCAGUCAAAGGCAAUGCCUCCGAUGCGCCCGAGAAUGGUGGCUUUGCAGAGUAUGCUGCCAUAAGAGAUGUGGUUGUGUGGAAAGUGCCAGAGGGUAUGAGUUUUGAGCAAGCGGCGACGUUGGGAAUGUCGCUGAUGACCGUUGGGCUUGCGCUUCACUACACGUUGAAGGUGCCAUUGCCACCGGCGCCAUCAGAAAGAGAUGUUUCGGAGAGAUACCUUUUGGUUUAUGGUGCAGGGACUGCGACGGGGACAAUAGCUGUACAGUGUGCUGCACUAUCAGGGAUGUUGCCCAUCGUAGCAUGCUCUCCACGACAUUUCGAACGCAUGAAGGCGCUCGGGGCAGUUGCGUGCUACGACUACCAUAAUGCAACGGUCGCAGAAGAUGUCAGGAACUACACCAAGCAGGGACUUGCGUCAGCGCUUGACUGCAUAACCGACAGUGCGAGCAUGAAUGUCUGUUACAAUGCGUUGGGUGCAAAAGGAGGGAGGUAUGUGGGACUGGACCAAUUCCCAAUACGCAAUCAUUCCAGGCGGGAUGUACGUCCGGAGUGGAUAGUGGCGUGGACGGUCAGCGGCGAAGCGAUACGAUGGCAAAGGCCAUACAGAAGAGCUCCACGGCCGAAGCAUAAGAUGUUUGGGCUCCGGUGGAAUCCGGUGGCUCAGCAGCUCGUGAACGCUGGUUUGAUCCAAAUACAUCCUAUGGAUGUACGGAGUGGAGGUCUGGCGGCUAUCCCGGAGGGCGUAGAUGCCCUGCGUAAAGGGUUGACUGACGGCAAGAAGCUGGUGUACUCCAUCUUGUAG